AUGUCGUAUAUUUCGUCAACUCGCGAGGCUCUUACGACAGCUCUCAAAUUUGCGAAGCAAGCCGUUGAGCUUGAUAGUAGCACUGAUUCCAAGCCCAACGACACGAUCGCUGCGUAUUCGCAGGCUAUCAUGCUGUUAAGUGAAGCUCUGACACGGAUCAGGAGCAAGGUAGACGGGGUAAAGGAUGUAUCAGCAGAAUUAGAGCUUCGCCGUUUGCAAAACGUACACGAUACAUAUGCAGAUCGCAUGGCCACUUUAAGUGUCAUUUAUGACAUCCCCGUGGCACCUAUAUCAUCCUCCUCGUCGACAACUCUAGCUUCUCUAUUGACUUCCUCGACUUCUUCGUCGCACUCUUCCAACAUACCGCGAUCCCUCCUAUGA